CCUGCGUCUUUUUAGAAGGCAUUUAGUAUAAAUCAGAAAGUGUUAGAGGUUCAAAGGUUUGCCUCGGAGCGUGUGAACAUUCCUCUGCUCGACUUUCAACUCGCCUCCAACCUGCGCUGUCCGGCCAGCAUGCCUCCCCGGCCGUGAAGCCGGGCCGCCGCCGCCCCUCCGCGCCGCCUUGACCCGCCCUCGCUGCCACCUGGCCCUCCCGAUCGACGACACACGCGCUUGAAACUUGUUCUCAGGGUGUGUGGAAUCAACUUUCCGGAAGCAACCAGCCCACCAGAGGAGAUCCCAAGCGCCAGAGGAUAUGAUGCUGCGGAGACUGGUUCAGCACUGGAGCGUCGCGGUAUUCCUGCUGAGCUACGCGGUGCCCUCCUGCGGGCGCUCGGUGGAGGGGCUCAGCCGCCGGCUCAAAAGAGCUGUGUCUGAACACCAGCUCCUCCAUGACAAGGGGAAAUCCAUCCAGGACUUAAGACGUCGCUUCUUCCUUCACCACCUGAUCGCAGAGAUCCACACCGCUGAAAUCAGAGCUACCUCGGAAGUGUCCCCUAACUCCAAGCCUGCUCCCAACACAAAGAACCACCCAGUCCGAUUUGGGUCUGAUGAUGAGGGCAGAUACCUAACUCAGGAAACCAACAAGGUAGAUGCGUACAAGGAGCAACCGCUGAAGACCCCUGGGAAGAAAAAGAAAGGCAAGCCUGGGAAACGCAAGGAGCAGGACAAGAAAAAACGGCGAACUCGAUCCGCCUGGCUAAACUCUGGAGUGGCUGGGAAUGGGCUAGAAGGGGACCGCCUGUCUGACACCUCCACGACGACGUGGCUGGAGCUCGAUUCACGGAGGCAUUGAAAUUUUCAGCAGAGAACUUCCAAGGACAUAUUGCAGGAUUCUGUAAUAGUGAACACAUGGAAAGUAUUAGAAAUAUUUAUUGUCUGUAAAUACUGUAAAUGCAUUGGAAUAAAACUGUCUUCCCCCAUUGCUCUAUGAAACUGCACAUUGGUCAUUGUGAAUAUUAUUUUUUUGCCAAAGCUAAUCCAAUUAUUAUUAUCACAUUUACCAUAAUUUAUUUUGUCAACUGAUGUAUUUAUUUUGUAAAUGUAUCUUGGUGCUGCUGAAUUUCUAUAUUUUUUGUAACAUAAUGCACUUUAGAUAUACAUAUCACGUAUGUUGAUAAAUGACACAAUGAAGUGUCUCUAUUUUGUGGUUGAUUUUAAUGAAUGCCUAAAUAUAAUUAUCCACACUGAUUUCCCUCUGUGCAUGUAAAAAUAGCGGUAUUUUAAAUUUGUAAAGAACGUCUAAUAAAAUAUAAUCUAAUUACAUCAUGA